AAACAAUUAACCGGAAAACAUUAUAUGUUUUAAUGAUUCAAUCGAUUGAUUUCCAUAUUUCGGUACCAACUAAUGAACAACAACUUUCACUCAGUGAUUUCAUCCUUCAUUGCUUACCAAAUACAAUGCGUAAAAUUAAACUUGAAAAAUGUCAAAAUAUUACCGCUGAAGGCGUUUGUGAUUAUGUUGAGCGUUACUUUAACAGUAAUGAGAGUAUUGUUAAAGCACAUCAACAAUAUCAUCGUUCAACGGAAAUGGUUUUCCGGCAAUGUAAACAUUUAACAACUGCAGCAUUUGAGAAAGCUGCUCAAAAUCGUCAUAUCCGUAUUGAUGGACAGGAUCCGGAUGGUGAAUAUAUUAUGAAUUGGGUGAAACGACGACAAUAUCAUUUACGGCAUACCAAUCAUAAAAAGUUAAUUGCUAUUGAAAUUGAUAGUCAUCAGUUGAUUACACGUAGUGGACAUUCAUCACCGGCAACAAUUGAAGAAUUCAAUAAUCGGAAUUCGAUUCAUACCGUACCAUUCUUAAGUAUUUCUCAUUUACAUUCAUCUGCUGCUCUUGCUGCUGAACAAAUUCUUACACCAGCUAUCAAUUCGAUUCGAAUGGCCCGAAAAUUGAACCGUAAACAGGAAUGUGUUAUGAUGAUAAAAACGGAUAAGCGUUAUUCAAAAAUAUAUGAUGAUGAAUCAUCCGUUUUCCUACAACCAAUCAUUAAAACAGCUAGUAUUAUUCGUCGUUUAAGUUAUACAAAUAAUCAAAUAUUCAAUGAUCGUUUUUCAUUUCCACGAUAA